UUUUGGAAGGUCUUCCCCAGGGCACUUACAGGCUAGUGCUAUUUUAUCUGAGGGAGAGGUUUGAGCGUGGGUGUGAAGGACUGCGCGUUACCAUAGUGAAUCAAUUAGAGGUGUAUUCAAGCCUGGGAGCUGAAAUAGGCAAAUCGCUGUGGGCAUUUCUUUCUAUUUUCCCCCCUAGUUGUCAUAUCUGGCAUAGUUCUCUGUUCAGUGCAUCGCAUCAGCCGCAAGCUCCAUUCUAGACAUUGGUUCGUUUAUGUGAGACGGACGAUGCCAGUUUGCUUAACCACAAUCUUUAGCUUAGUUCCUCUUUCCUGGACUAUGUAUCAGUGUUGAUAGCAGUACUACAAAACAUAGGAUUGCAUGAAAAGGAUUGCUUUCAGUGAACGUUUUUACAACUAAGCUUUGAGUAUUUAAAUUAUUCCUCGAUUAGGAGUGGACCAUACCAUGAAAGACAACAUGUCCAACAAUAGUACAACUAGUAUAUCCCAAGCAAGAAAAGCAGUGGAGCAACUUAAAAUGGAAGCCUGUAUGGACAGGAUAAAGGUUUCCAAGGCUGCAGCAGAUUUGAUGGCCUAUUGUGACGCUCAUGUUAGAGAAGAUCCACUUAUUCUUCCAGUGCCUGCAUCAGAAAAUCCAUUUAGGGAGAAAAAAUUCUUUUGUACUAUUCUUUGAAUUUGUAUUAGUCAAGUUUAAAUAGAGAUUAUGCAUGCCAAUAGCAUUACAUGAUUUUUACAGGGUUAUAAAUUGACACCAUAGCAUACAUGCCAACAAACAUUCUAUGAAAUAUAUACGUAUAUCCUUUUGUAGCGGAUGCUUCAACAGCUAACAUUUUGACUCACACAACUUUUUAUCAUGUGAAACGUUCAUUUGACUGUAUCGACUGCAUAAUCUGUUCAAACUUCAAUGUUGUAUGUUUUAGCCCCAGCACAGUCAUCUCAGCUUUCAUCCUCCCCAGGUAGAUAAAAAUAAUAGUAAUUGUGACAUUAAUCAGUUGUCAAUUCAGUUACCCUUCUUAAUCACUUUCAAUAUAUAUUGUAAAGUACUUGGAUAUUAUUAAUAUUAUUAAAUACUAUGGUUCUAGUAAACUAAAGGCAGCUUUAAUCAGCCUUGUAACCUCAGAGAAAGAAUAGGUGAAGCAACUCUUAAGAGACUUUCCAGAAGAAGGAAAAAAAAAAUCCCCAAUUAUGGGAAGAAAGAAAGCGGGAGAUUCUGUUUAAAGAUUAUCAUCCCUAGAAGGGAUGUUGGCAUGUGUUCUAUGUAUCAAUAUUUUUAGAAGCACAAGGAAUUGUCACACAAAUUAUGUGAUUUUUUUUUUUUUUUGUAGCUCAAGAUUAUUUAUAGUAAUCACUGCGCUAGCUAAUUUUCUUGAUUAUAGGAGUAGUAAACAGCAUGUAAUUGUACUACUAACUAAUAUUCAGCCACAUGUUCCUCUGGGGAAGUUAUGAUUUUUUUCUUUUAAGACAUUUAAACAGUGUUACAAUACACCUAUAAAAAAAAAUCCUAGAGAGGUUUACUGAAAAUAUUUAUUCUAUGCCAAACUACAUAUAAAAUGGUAAACAGACAUGGAAACAGUUUUAUAAGGUUUUAGCCAUUUUGUUACCUUUGUAAUUAAUAACUUAGAUUUGUUUUUCGUUUCUCCUUCUAGUUAAAUGAAUGCAAUGUUUGAAUUUAUGAAAUGUAUUACUAUAUUUAUUAAGAAAAAAACUCAGUCAUGAUUUUGAAAUGCUUAGAUUUUUUUUUUUUUAGUAGAAAACAUCCUGUCAUUGACUGAGGAAUACAAUAUCCACUCCAUACUCUGCCUAGGUAGGUGUUGUGGUAUGUGAACAACAUUUUGGCAAUAUCCUGCAUAGUCAACUGCUACCUGUACAUGCUAACAAGUAAUUGAAUGCUUGAGAAAAAAAAAAGCUUGUAGUGAAGUUCUAGAAUGAUGCCUUUUUGAGUAUUUAUAAAACUGAAACUUUCAUAGUAUAUGUAAUUUUUAUAACAUAUUUACUUGAACCAACUGACUUUAAGAGGGGCAUUUAUUGGAAUUUUCCAUAACAAACCAACAUUUGUAGUGGAUUCAGAGUUUGUUCAAUAAAAAGAAAUAUCACAGGAGACGUAUUUUACAACACACUGCACUCCGUUUUUAAUACUCUUGUGCUUGAUGAUAUCUAACUUCAAGUUGACAGUGAUACAUAAAAUAUCUGUGAAUGAUUUUGAAGUAAAGAGGAUACUUUACCUCUUUCAAUGAUAAAUUGGAAAUAGUUUCUCUUUUUGGUUGUGUUUGUUUUGGAUUUCUUGACCAGUAAACACAGAUAUUUGUAAUAAUUUCA